GGAUAUUCGGAUUCCGUACGAUGCACUAUUGCAACGCCCGAGCUGUUACUGUACCCACCUAUAGUCAACCUGUCGCAGAGCCUGUCUAGCCUACGAACCAUCAUGUCCAGCCCCAAGUCACCCAAGAGCGACCAGGGUGCCUCGCGAUCGUCGAUGUCACCUAAAUCCCCACGAGACGCGCCGCCCCCGAUCGACGCAGGGCAACACCCGACGAAUACGCAGAUCCCAUAUGUACGAAGUCAUCAUUGCUGCUGUUUGACUCCAGCCGACUCGUUGUGUUAACCCGGGCGACCAAAUAGAACGAAGACGAUGCCGACGAUCAGGACUCUACAUACGACGACGAUGGAAGUAUCGCAUCGUCGACGGCCUCCCUCUCGGAAAGCAUCUUCGACUACCGGAGCCUCCAUGGCCGAACGUUUCAGAACUCGAAAACAACGGAAUAUUGGGGUCCAAAUGACGAGAGACAGAACAAUGGCUUGGAUAUAGCACACCAUUUCAUGGUUAUGCUCAAGGACGACAAGUUAUUCGACGCGCCCAUUACUCGGCCAUCCAGGGUCUUGGACGUAGGCACUGGUACAGGUAUAUGGGCCAUCGACAUGGCGGACGCGAAUCCCUCAGCCGAAAUUACCGGCACCGACAUCAGCCCAAUCCAGCCAGCCUGGGUGCCUCCAAACUGCAAGUUCCACAUCGAAGACGCGCAGCUGGAGUGGACAUAUCGCCCCGAGAGCUUCGACUUUGUACAUAUACGCGCCCUCUACGGUAGCAUCAGUGAUUGGGGCGAGCUGUAUCGCCAGGCGUUCCGGUCAUUGGAACCGGGCGGGUGGAUUGAGAAUAUGGAGAUCAAUAUCCACUUGUACAGCGAUAUCCCCGAGGUUAGAGACGAUCCCGACCAUAUCUUCAAGCGCUGGGCAAAGGUAUUCUGGGAGGCAACAGACAUGAUCAACAGGACACUGCGCAUAGCCAUGAACGGCACCCAGCGCAAGUUCAUGGUUGAGGCUGGCUUUGUCAACGUUGUAGAAAAGACGUACCAAGUGCCAUGUGGUGCCUGGAGUAGCGACCCAAAGAUGAAGAAGAUUGGCACAUACAACCUAGCAUUUAUGGAUGAGAGCUUAGAAGGCUUCGCCUUGUUUAUGCUACGCGAGAUAAUGAAAUGGGAAUACGAGGAGGUGCAGCUGUUUGUCAUGGAGAUGCGCAAGGCUGUCCGAGACUCCAAGAUCCGGCCAUACUAUCUCAUGUGAGUAUUACUCUCGCCUUCUUUCGCCUUGCCAGUAGCGGGCGGAGUUCCGGUAUCGACAACUCUGGCUGCUGAAUACUGAGACGUUUGAUAGAACCAAUGUCUUUGGGCAGAAGCCUGAGGAACAUGAAUAGGGGAGUAAAUCUUGGUACGCCUCAUGCCUAGGGUAAUAAUAGGACCUUGUUCAAGAUGGGCAUUAUAAAACAUUAACUGAGAUUCAAAUUGAGGAUGCUGCUUCCCUCUGGGAUGCUACCUACCCAUGGAACUCGCUUGCCAUGAUCCCCAUCUAUCACAAACACCCCUCCUACGCAAAUUGGAACUGCGCGUCAUCUAUCCAAGCAACUGAGUCGCUAUAGUGUAAACCUCACUGCUAGUUGAAUAUUCCCUUGAUCUAACCGGUCUUGUGUGUAAAAGUUGAAGUCGUAACCGUUUGUCUAAGAGCCACUGAAACCUCGUUCAUAUCAACAUGGAGCGUCAGCAAGGACUUUGAGAAAGGACUCGACAUGUUUAGUCAAAUGAAUACGGUCACUGUGCGGACGAAUAUACAAUUUAAU